AUGGGUUUGGUGGGACCUUCAUUGGAGGAUAUACGAAAGAAGGAUUUGGUGAGAAACUUCUCCAAAGCGACGGCUAUGCAGUGCUGUAUUCAGACCAUGACGGCUCUACGUGAUUUGCACGGUAUCGGCUAUUUACAUCGCGAUAUAAAACCUCAAAACUAUGCUAUCGGACUUGGUCCGAAGGAGACAACAAUUUACAUGCUUGAUUUCGGCAUUGCAAGAAAGUUCACCGAAGGAGAAACUAAAGUAGUGAAAUUACCACGUAUCAAAGUGCAUUUCCUCGGUACGCUGAGAUUCGCAUCGCGAGCAUGUCAUAAGCAAAUUGAGCAAGGACGUAAAGACGAUCUCGAAUGUUGGCUGUACAUGGUUUGGAUUAAAAAACUUUCUAAGGAUUAA